UCGGCGCCGGCGCAGUGGCUCCGGGCCGGCAGGAAAAGAGGGCGGAGGAAGAGGGGGUUGGGAGUGAUGACGCGAUUCUGUCCGCGUUGGAGCCGCCGCCGCCACCCUAAAUUCGCGGUCGCCGCCGCCGCGUGACGUGGCAAAGCCCGAACGCAAGCCGUCGAGCGCGAGCGUCCUAGCUCCUCCGAGUGCCCACCGAGCCGCUGCCGGUGCCCGCCGCCCGAAAGCCAGACCGAGGCCGCACCGGGGCCACCCUCCGAACGGAAGCCUUGAACAGCGCCUCCCAGGCCGCGGGGCCCGCCGCCCCCGUCCGUCCCCGUCCGCGCUCGCCGCCCCCGGCCCGUCUCCGCCGCCACUGCCGCCAUGGGUCUCACCAUCUCAUCGCUUUUCUCCCGCCUCUUCGGCAAGAAGCAGAUGCGCAUCCUGAUGGUUGGUUUGGAUGCUGCUGGCAAGACAACUAUUUUGUACAAGCUGAAGUUAGGGGAGAUAGUCACCACCAUUCCUACUAUUGGUUUUAAUGUGGAAACAGUAGAAUAUAAAAACAUUUGUUUCACAGUCUGGGAUGUUGGUGGUCAAGAUAAAAUUAGACCUCUUUGGAGGCAUUACUUCCAAAACACACAGGGUCUUAUUUUUGUGGUAGAUAGUAAUGAUCGUGAGAGAAUUCAAGAAGGUGCUGAAGAGCUGCAGAAAAUGCUUCAGGAAGAUGAAUUGCGGGAUGCUGUGCUGCUGCUCUUUGCAAACAAGCAGGAUCUGCCCAAUGCCAUGGCGAUCAGCGAAAUGACAGAUAAACUAGGCCUGCAGUCCCUUCGCAACAGAACUGUAAGUGCCUCACGCCACUGGGGAGGACUGAUGAUGGAGGCUCUUUGGCCAGCAUUAGUGGGGACCUACCCCACAGUCCCAACUAAACAGGACAGCAUCAAGAGCUUCUUGGAAAUGGCUCUCUUGUGACUUAGGAUAACCUGAAGCUGGUUCCACCCCUGCUUGUUUUCUUUGACUUGACCCUGCUGAGGUGGCAGAGCUCCCUUCCAGAACCCCCUCUUAGUGCGCUCUCCCGAAGCAGGCAGAUUGCACUUGGCUGUCUUGUUCUGCCAGUUUUAUUUACUGUUAAAGAAUUGCUUUGUUGACUUUUAUAUUACUGUCAUUUUUUCAUUCCUUUUGAAACCCUUAAAACCUUUUAGAGAAGCAAAAAACAGACAAAACAAAAACCAAAACCCUCCACACACACACACACACACACACACACACACACACACACACACACACACACACACACACACACACACACGUCUUAUCUUUGUAUUUAUUUUGAUAGCUUGAAUCUUGUGAUAUUUGGGGGAGACGUAAAAGCUAGGGCCAGAUUUGCAGCUCGAUGUCUUUGGAUUGCAACUGGAUGUGUAAAUCUAAUUUUCUGUUCUGUGCUUUUCAUCUUAUGAUCGAGGUUUCUUUACCUCCCUGUCAGUUUUCCUUUUCUCAACUAAAAUCUGUUUAAUCCAACUUCUCUUUCAUAGAUGGGCACAUUGAGGCCCAAAGUCACACAGCAACGUUAGAGGGAAGGAGAAAUAUGUUGUCUUAUAUCCUAACUCAAACCAAAACUAUGAAAAGUGCAAAUGGUCAGAAUUUUAGAUUGUCUAGUCCAGUCCCCAUCUAUCCUCCCAUUUUUAUGGGUUGAGGCAUCAGUGAGAUUGGUGGCUGUAAUCUUCUUGUUUAGUUUUGGUUGUGCUCCUAGACAGAGAUCGGGAAUUGAGGAUGUGCCAGAAGCAUUAUUUAGCUUAUACAAAUAUUUGUAUUUACCUUCUUGGGAUAGUUUGCCUUUAGCACUUUUCCAUAUCUUCUGUGUUUUAUGCUAAUUGACAUGAAUCCAUAGAAUGCUUUUUCUUGGCAAUCCAUUUUCUUGCUUUGUUCUGAUUUAGAAGUUUAUUUCUAAAGUUUAAUAGACUGUUUUCUCAUAUUAAUUGGGUUUUUUUCUGUUCUUUUUUCACAGUGGUAUGUUCAGGCUACCUGUGCUACACAAGGAACCGGUCUGUACGAGGGCCUUGACUGGCUGUCAAAUGAGCUCUCAAAACGUUAAAUCCAACUGGAUAACUAACCAAGGACAUGUUUGAUAGAUUUGGGUCUAGGCUUGUUACAAGAAAAUUAAUUUGCAUCUUGGUUAUUAAAUGGUAUCUUGGAACUGGUUUGGGCAGGAUUUUACAGCAUUUAAACUUAUUUUGUUGCCAAUUAUUGUUUACCAAGUUUAAUGUUGCUAUUAUAGCAGUUAUACUUGGAUUUAAAAAAAAAAAGAUUCUCCUUAACUUGGAAAAAAAGUGUACUCUUCUGAUUUUACUUCCUUGGCCUAAAUGCCUGGACAUAGCUAUUGUGACAACCUUUAAAUGAAUAUGUUUUGGAUGUUUUUUUGAGUCCCAAUAAAUAAUGUUUUAAAGUUUCCCCUUGCUACUUUACUGAUACCUUAUGUCAUUCCUUGGACAGUCUGCUGACUUCAAAAUGUAGCAUUCCAUUUGUAUUUAUUUCUCUCCCUUGCCAAAAAGACUUUCUAAUACUACUGCUGCCAGCCAAGAAAAUGCUCUAAAACACUCUUCAGACUUCCUGCACAGAAGGCCAUUGGAACCUUUUUUUAUUAACCAGCCCAGCUUCUCUUGGUGUGAUUUGGAUUUGGAUAAUUCUGUGCUGGUGGCAAAAAGUUGCUACUGAAGUGGCUUUUCCUACUCAGCAGAUUGUCUUCCUUUAUAGUGUAUCUUUUUUAUGUUGCAUGUUGCUUUGGGCAUCAGCCUGACUUUUCGCCCAGUGUAUGACAGUUCAGCUGAUGUUUUAUUGUUUAUUGGUGAACAUAUCUUCAUUAAGAGAUUUUGGAAAAUUCAUCAAACUCAAUAAUGAAUUAGUUUCUUCAUAACCCACUUGAAAUUAUUCCUAAUAAAAUGAUAAAAUAUA